GGUGCGAGAGAACGAGUUAAACUAGAGGAAGGUGGAAAGGAAACGUGAAACGCCUUGACAACAAUCUCUCCAGUUUGCGUGAUUAGAUUGGAGAGAACUGUUUCCCCCUCAACUACUUUUCUUUAAGGAUUUGCUUUGAUACGUCUGCCUUGUCCCUUCCACUUUCUCAGAGGCUGAAACCACUGAACAAGAUCCGAAAGGAACGUCACGCUGGCGGAAAGAAAAUCACCCUUCACAGAUUUCUGUGGCGAAAAGUGGAUUGUUCAGUUGUUUUUAGGAUAUUUAUGACUUCCGAGGGAAGUUUAAAAAGAUAUAUAUUAAAAAAAAGCUAUUGGAGCAUUGCACCAGACAGACGCUGUGAUUUUUGACAACGGUCCAACCUGCCGUGUGCGUUUUGCUAUGGAUGGAAUGUCGUGACCAGAACAUCGGAAUCCGACGUAACUCCAAAGGAAUCGUGUCUGUAUCCAGUCGAUCUUAUUAACUCUCAAUAGCCUAUAGACUUAUCGAUCGGAUCCUGCGGUUUGGUUUGAAUAUCGGAUCAAUAUAAGUUAUAUUGCGUAUCACUGAGGAGGAGAGGAUGAGCGGGGGAGCGGACGUGGUGUGCGCCGGAUGGCUGAGGAAGUCACCGCCGGAGAAGAAGUUACGGCGCUAUGCGUGGAAGAGGCGUUGGUUUGUUCUGAGGAGUGGUCGACUGACCGGAGACCCUGACGUCCUAGAAUACUACAAACAUGACCACGCACGCAAACCCAUACGCAUCAUCAACAUGAGCCUCUGUGAACAGGUGGAUGCAGGCCUAACCUUUAAUAAAAAGGAUUUGGACAGUAGCUAUGUGUUUGACGUGCGGACUGUGGAGAGGGUAUUCUACCUGGUGGCCGACAGUGAGGAGGACAUGAACACAUGGGUCAGGUGUAUCUGUGACCUGUGUGGAUUCAACCCUACUGACCAUGAUAGACCCACAGUCACCGCCCAAACCCCUACAGUCACAGUCACCACAGGCCACGCCCCCGUCUCCACGGCGACCACCGUCAUGGCCCCGCCUCGCCUGGAAUCAGUUAGCAGUCAGGAGGACGGAACAGAGUACCUGUGGCUGUCACACUGCCAGAGCAAGACACCACACAGGCCUCCAGGUAGUUCCUACCCCUCCACCUCCUCUAACACAACAGACUACAAUGAAAACACUCUCCCAUCCCACUGGCCUCCUCCCUCCUCUUCCUCCCCCUCCUCCCUCGCUAAAGACCUCCCCCAUCACCCCCACACCGGCCCCUGGGCCGUCACCACGGAGACCAACACUUUUAGCCAAUCGCAGGACAGCGUGUUAACCCCUGAACUCCAUAGGGGCUGGACUAGGGGUCACCCGUCCCCCCACCCGAGAAAACACUCCCUCCAGCUGCAGGCUGUGUCUCUCCCUCCCAUCUGUCAUGACAUGGUCUUCAACACAGGGAUAAGCACUAUAAACACUCAAUCACACAGUUUGAAUUCUAAUAGCAACACAACUUACCAGGUACCCUCCUCUACUCCUACCGCAAGCUCACCCACACCAGGUCAGGGUGACUCCUUCACCCCUCCACCACGCCCCCCCAAGCCCCUGGUCUCUGCCCCAGCCGAGGUGUCUUCUCUGGCCACUCUGUCGGCCUCACUCCUCCGGUCUGCUUCGGAACCAGAGAGGAGCUAUGGAGGAGGAAGAGGUAGAGCAGGAGAAGGACAGGGAGGAAGGGGAGAAAGAGGCAACAAUCCCAGAGCACCUCGUUGUAACACUAUAGCCACCUCAGGCUAUACACACACAGGCACAGGUUCCCAGCAGAGCUAUGCUGUACCAAGGUCCUUCUCUGACCAGACCAGAGACAUCAUGUCUGAUCAGACCAGAGACAGCAUGUUUGAGUCUAGCGACAGCUUCAACAGCUACUUUAUGAAUAAAGGCAUGGUACCAUUAAGUGGAAUGUGUCCAGGAAAGGGAGAUAUCGAUGAGAACUAUGUUCCCAUGAACGCUACCGACACCUCCCUCAUCUCCCUACCUCCUCCCUGCUCCCUACCUCCCCACUCCUUCCCCGACCCCACCUCCCAGGACCCUAACUAUGUCACUAUGACCCCAUGCCCUGGAGAAUUGCCUUCUCUGGGGAGACAGGUACCCCCGCCUGCACACCUGGGGUUCCGCUCCUCCCCCCACAACCCCCACACACGCCCAUCUCGCAGACACACCACCGGAGGUGGAGCGGGAGACGCCCAACCACCACCCAUUCACCGCAACCUCAAACCCCGGAAAGUUAAACCCACCCCUCUGGACAUAACACCUCUGCAGGAGUGGGAGGAGCUACCGGCACCUGUACGAUCACCUGUCACCAGAACCUUCACCCGAGAUCCGUCCGGCUGCUACACGUGUCCGUCCGAUAGACCCUCCACCUGCCAAAGCUCUGCCUCCAGCUCAGACUCGGACGACCCAGACGACAAUUACGUUGCCAUGACAACCUCCAACAUAGCCCUCGCCGCCGUCGUGUCGACCCUGCGUGGGAACAACCCCAUGGUCUUACGGAGGUCUAGAGGGGACAAACAGGUUGAGUACCUGGAUCUGGACUUACACACUGGUAGAGUGGCCACACCCCCACGACAGAAAAAGAGUGUGUUGGGUGGCUCGAUGGGUUCGGGCGAAGGUGAGCGUGCACGUGAGCGUGAAGGUGAGCGUGCACGUGAGCGUGUGGACUAUGUGGUCGUUGAUCCUGAGAGAACCAGAGCUCUGAAAAGUACCAGGGAGGCGUGGCACGACGGGAGACAGUCUACUGAGAAGGACAAAUAACACACACGCACACACACACUGAACAGACACACUAAACAGACACACACUGAACAGAUACACACACUAAACAGACACACACUGAACAGAUACACACACUAAACAGACACACACUGAACAGAUACACACACUAAACAGACGCACACUGAACAGAUACACACUGAACAGAUACACACUGAACAGAUACACACUGAACAGAUACACACUGAACACACACACACUGAACAGACACACACUGAACACACACACACUGAACACACACACACUGAACACACACACUGAACAGACACACACUGAACAGAUACACACACUGAACAGACACACACUGAACAGAUACACACACUGAACAGACACACACACUGAACAGACACACUGAACAGAUACACACACUGAACACACACACACUGAACAGACACACACUGAACACACACACACUGAACACACACACUGAACAGAUACACACUGAACAGAUACACACUGAACAGACACACACUGAACAGAUACACACUGAACACACACACACUGAACAGACACACACACUGAACAGACACACUGAUCAGAUACACACACACGGAAAACUACAGAGUGAGAACCCCACUAAAUGACCCAAAUGACCACUAUAUACACUCACAGCUUUGCCAACACACACACACACACCUCUCCAAGUGGACCCGGCUCCACGAGGAGGUAAAAGGGGGCUCAGCCCCCCCUCAGGAUUAGUUGUAUGUCCUUUAUAUAAAAAUAGUAAGAAAGUUCAAAUGAUUGAGUGACAGGUUGGACACAAAAUGUAUAAUCUGUCAUCUGCUUCAGUCUGUCAUUCAGA